CCCCUUAUGGGAGCGUGUUGUUGUAUUAUAUUUCCAAAAUCUACAUCCUAUCAAGGAGAUAUGAAAUCAACUGCGGGAAACAGACUUAUUUCGAAGCUCGACAUGUGUCACAGAACGUAACGAGUAGUAACAUAAUGAUGGCAGCGGCCCAACCCGCUGAUGCCAAGACCCUUACCGCCCACGCGGUGAACUAUUGGAUUUCCAGGGUCCACCAUCUCCAGCAGCACCAGCUGUCCACUUCGACCGCUACUCACUUAUUAGCUCUUCCCUUCCCCUAUAUUUAUAAGAACCCGGAAACGAAACCAGAUCCCCAGAAAUCACUGCGAUUAUCCGUUGCCAAUAUGAGCUUGCAACCACCCUCACUCGCUAUGCGAUCCAAGAGCAGCGGAUCGGCCCCCUCCACCAAGGCCGUCAUUUUGGUCGGUGGGCCGUCGCGAGGCACCAGGUUCAGGCCUCUAUCUAUGGAGCUUCCCAAGCCCCUCUUCCCCGUCGCCGGUCACCCAAUUAUCGAACACUGCUUCCGUGCUAUUGCCAGCGUUCCUGAAAUCAAGGAGGUCUUUGUCAUCGGUUACUACGAGGAAUCCGUUUUCCAGCCCUUCAUCAACUACAUCACCACCGCUUUCUCACAGUUGAGCGUCAAGUACCUCAGGGAAUACCAGGCUUUGGGCACUGCUGGUGGCCUGUACCACUUCCGCGAUGUGAUAUUGAAGGGCAAGCCCGAGCGCUUCUUCGUUCUGAACGCCGAUGUCUGCUCUUCUUUCCCCCUCAACGAUAUGCUUAAGCUGUUCGAGGACAAGGAUGCCGAAGCCGUCAUGCUGGGUACGAGAGUCGCAAAUGAAUCAGCCACCAACUUUGGUUGCAUUGUGUCCGAUACCCACACCAAGCGCGUACUUCAUUACGUCGAGAAGCCCGAGGGUCACAUCUCCAACUUGAUCAACUGCGGAGUGUACCUCUUCGCAACCGACUGCAUCUUCCCCGCCAUUCGUAGCGCCAUGAAGCGCCGCACCGAGCGACCCCGUUUGGUCUCCUACCCAUCAUCCGAGAAUCUCGACUCAUCUUUCUACCAGGGUCAAGAUGACGAUGAUGAGGACAAGGAGACGGCAGUUAUUCGUCUCGAGCAGGAUGUCCUCUCUGAUAUCGCAGACAGCAGGCAGUUCUUCGUCCUCGAAUCCAAGGACUUCUGGCGUCAGAUCAAGACCGCCGGGUCUGCUGUGCCAGCAAACGCCCUCUACCUCAUGAAGGCUUUCCAAGCCCAAUCCGAAGAGCUCGCUGCUCCCUCCGCAAACAUCCUCCCACCCGUCUACAUCCACCCUUCAGCCACAGUGGACCCCACCGCUAAGCUCGGCCCCAACGUCUCCAUCGGCCCCCGUGUCACCGUUGGCGCUGGUGUUCGUAUCAAGGAGACCAUCGUCUUGGAGGACUCGGAGAUCAAGCACGAUGCUUGCGUCAUGUACGCUAUCGUUGGCUGGAAGAGCAAAGUUGGCGCUUGGGCCCGUGUUGAGGGUACCCCUACUCCCAUCACCAGCCACUCUACCAGCGUCAUGAAGAACGGCGUCAAAGUGCAGAGUGUCACCAUCUUGGGUAAGGAGUGCGGUGUUGCCGAUGAGGUUCGUGUGCAAAACUGCGUCUGCCUGCCGUACAAGGAGUUGAAGAGGGAUGUCUCCAAUGAGGUUAUAAUGUAAGGAGCUGAUUGCGCAUGAUACCACGUAGAUAGUAUAUCUAAAAGCGAAAUGAAUUGAUGCCAGUUACUACUGAUCAUUAUCUCAAUUUUCCAUGUGACUAUCAUUAGUCUUAGAAAUGUUCAAAUGUUCUCUGAUCAAUUCUCGGGAUGAUGCGACCCCAAAACAUCCACAACACCCAGACCCAAGGAUAAUUAUAGGCGAGAACGAAUUCUGGGGAUGCGUAUGUACGAUCUUGCACAUAUAUACAUCCACUAGCUUCAAUCGGCAACCCGAGAUGCAGGAACCGCAGUUAACGAUGCAGAUUAGUCAUAACCGCAUGCCAACCUUU